ACAAGUCAGUAUUACGGCUAGUCAGUAUUACAGCUGCUUGUUUCCUCUCGGUGGUUUGUCUCUCGCGUUUUCCUUUUGUUUCGAAGAUACCAGUACAUGUUUUCCCUCACCAAGUACGUUUUUACUUACCCGUGUCUCUCCGUUUUCUCCCGUGCACAAUUAGCCCGUGUGCCUCCUGUUUGAACCCUCUGGACUGGUUCCCUCGUUGUGGCUAUCCCGGCUCGUGGUGCCGACAGUCCGGUCCGCCCGCUGCCUCCCCUACACGCCAGCGUUUUUUGUUAUUGUUUUCUUCUUGAAUACAUUUUAGUUUGUAUCCUCUCGUUCAUUGUCACUGUCUCUGCUUUGGGGUCCGAAAACAUUUUACAUAACAGAAUAAUUCGGCCAUAUGGACCCCGCAGAAACAGAGCAACUCCGCCACGCUUUGUCCACCCAAGGUGCCCGGGUGGGACAACACGAGAGAGCGCUAGUUGAGAUUAUGGACUCGUUAAAAGACUUAUCCGCCGGAGUCAACCAGCUGAGCGGCCGCAUGGACAAAGUAGUUACUAUGCUGCCCACCGUUCCUCCUCCGGACGGUGCGCCUGCCUCCACCGCUGCUGUCACGGACCAUCCGCCUGCUUCUCCGGUACCUCUGGGGUUUCCCUCCAACCACCAUCGGGAGCCCUACAUUCCUACUCCAGCCCAAUAUGCCGUGCUGGAUUCCUCUUUGUCCGACAGCCCUGGAGAGCCCAUGCAGCUGGGUCGCAUGCGGCUCACCCCGUCGGAGCGACAACGCCGAGUUCGCCAGGGUUUGUGUGUCUACUGUGGGCAGGCGGGACAUUUCCUGGCGGCUUGUCCCACGCUGCCAAAAGAUCAGGCUCAUACCACUUCCUCCACGGGCCCCCCCACCAGACUUACGCAGAGAGGCUUAACUCUCGCCAGGCUCGGUGGGCGCUGUUUCUGGGCCGAUUCAACUUCACGCUCACCUAUCGGCCAGGGUCCCGCAACACCAAACCUGACGCCCUUUCACGCCAGUUUGCUCCGCUGGAAAAGGAGGAGGCUGCAGGGACUCUCCUUCCUGCUGCCUGUGUGGUCGGGGGCCGCCAGGUUGGAAGUUGAACGGGUGGUCCAGGAGGCUCAGCAGGACCAACCGCCACCAGAGGAGUGUCUCCAGGGAAGGUUGUUCAUCCCCGAAGCGACCCGGUCCCCGGUGCUCCAGUGGGGCCACACGUCCAAGGUCGCCUGCCAUCCCGGUUUCCACCGCACCCUGGCCCUGAUACAACAACGCUUCUGGUGGCCCACUAUGUCCGCCGACACGAGGGAGUUCGUCCCUGCUCCAUAAAAGCCUGGCUUCACUCCACUCCGGUGCCAAAUUAUU